UUCGUUAAUUCUUCCACCCAGCAAAUCGCUCGCUCUCUCUCUCUCUCUCUCUCUCUCUCUCUCUCUCUCUUCUCUUAGGGUUUCCUUUCUCUCUCUCCAUCGCUCGCAUGGCCGGCGCCGGAAUCCACCCUUACCACCAGCAGUGGCCGCCUACAGGAGCUCCGCCUCCUCCGUCGGCAGUAUCAUCAGCUCCUCCACCACAUCCCCCUCCUGUACAUCAUCAUCACCCUCCUCCCCCUGGUUUAGCUGAUCGUCCUCCUUAUGACGAGCUUCGGACAAUCUUCAUCGCGGGUCUUCCUGAUGAUGUGAAAGAGAGAGAGCUUCUGAACCUCUUGAGAUGGUUGCCAGGUUACGAGGCAUCUCAGGUGAACUUCAAGGGAGAGAAGCCCAUGGGUUUUGCUCUUUUCUCCACUGCACAGUUUGCAUUGGCUGCCAGAGAUGCCCUUCAGCAUCUGGUAUUUGAUGCGGAGUCCAAGUCUGUGUUACAUGCAGAGAUGGCCAAGAAGAAUCUCUUUGUUAAAAGAGGAAUCGUUGGGGAUUCAAAUGCUUAUGAUCAAAGUAAGCGUCUAAGAACUGGUGGUGACUGCACACACUCUGUUUAUAGUCCGUCUCCCUUCCACCCUCCACCACCUCAAGUUUGGGGUCCACCUCAUGGGUAUUUGUCACCCGCAGCUCCACCAUAUGAUCCCUAUGGAGGUUACCAUGCUCCCCCUGUACCAAUGCCUCCGUCUGCACCUAUAGCAGCUCCUAGCUCUUAUGUGCCUGUCCAGAAUGUUAAGGAUAACCCUCCUUGCAAUACCCUAUUUAUUGGUAAUCUCGGGGAGAAUAUAAACGAAGAAGAAUUGAGGAGCCUGUUGAGCGCGCAGCCUGGUUUCAAGCAAAUGAAGGUUCUUAGACAAGAAAGGCACACAGUUUGCUUUAUUGAAUUCGAGGAUGUGAAUAGUGCCACAAACGUUCACCAUAAUUUGCAAGGCGCUGUCAUUCCAAGCUCUGGUUCAGUUGGCAUGAGGAUCCAAUUUUCCAAGAAUCCAUAUGGGAAAAGGAAGGAAGGUGGCGGCCAUUCUUUCUUUCCUUCACCGAGCGCUAAUGGAGCUCAAGGAGCCUUGACGUAUCAGUAGGCCUUGAAGGGGGGAUGUACUCUCUUCUCUAUCUUCCAACAACUUCACAUAUCUUGCAGGCAGUCUGCAUUUGCAUUCAUUUCAUUCUCGACAUUUUAAGCAUCAGCAUUUGCUUCUUGUUCAUGUGAUGGAUGCAUAUACUGUGACAUAAUCAACAAAUAACAUGUGUCAGCUCGUAUUAGCUUUUUGCUACAUGCAUUCUCAAGUGUGGUUUUUAAAUCUGUAGGAGUUGUGUGUUGCCAUUUUCUUUUCGUCUUCUUGCAUACUUUGUGGGAUUCCUUUUCAUCCUUUUGACCAAUCAUUCCAAUGAAACUCUCAUUUGAUAUAUUAGCUAGGAAUUAACAUAACAUCACGGUACAUCAUGACAUGAUGACAUCCAAAUGCCUGUCAUCAACUUCGUUUUACUGCAUGACCUGUCACAUCAAUAACAUGACAUUAUAUUUUGUGGAAUGCUGCUCUCAUGAUCUUGUCUCAAGUCGGUGUCAUUCUUCAUCUUGAUCAUUCUCCCUUUUUAGGCUGAUAAACACGCACAUCCAUUUUUGUCAGUUAUUGAAACUGACAACUGAAUUUAGUUGAAGAUAGGCACUUCGUUACAAUGUAGGCUUAUAGCUGAGGCAAAAUAUGUAUAUCCAUCCCCAGGUCUGGUAUGGCCUUUAUGCAGGGACAAUCAGGUUGGAAUAUUCGACUAAGACUAUCUUCUGGCGUCCAGUAACAGAGCCUGACGCAGGGGUUCGUUAGAGUAAGCACGGGGUCUACUUGUCAUUUGUCAGUGUGCUGCUGCUUUAGGCUAAGUUGAUUCUGAACGUGAAGGCGAUUUACAGUCUCUUUCUUUUGCCAUUGUGUUAUUUUCAAACUCUCUCAAAUAAUUUGCGAUGCUUUAGAAUUCUCAAAGUCCCUUGUUUACUUAUCAAAUCGAGCCUUGUAGAAGAAGAUUUCUACUUUUGGUUUAUCAAAAUUUUGAACCCA